AUGUUUGCAGCACCAAAACUGGACAUUUUCCAGUCGGGCUUACUGUGGAAGACUCAGGUGAGAUAUGUGAAGGUGAAGGAGGAGAGAGAAGAUCUGAGUGAAGAUGAGGAGAAACAUCAUGUCAAGAGUGAAGAAGAAACUCAAUCAGAGACUGAAGAUAAUUUUUCAGUGGAAAGAACAGCUGAGAAAGGUUUCACCUGCCCUCAGUGUGGAAAGAGUUUCAGGCUCAAAUCCUAUCUCAAGCGUCACAUAAAGAUACACGCUGGAGAAAAACCCUUCAAGUGUUCACACUGCGACAAGAGAUUCAAUCGUUCAGGAAACCUGAAAACACACAUGCUGAUCCACACUGGAGAGAAACCUUACAAGUGUUCACAAUGCAACGGGAGAUUCAUUCAUGCUGCAACCCUGAAAACACACAUGAUGAUCCACACAGGAGAGAAACCUCACAAGUGUUCACACUGCGACAUGAGAUUCAAUAAUAGAGGAAACCUGAGCAGACACCUGCUGCUCCACACUGGAGGGAAACCACACAAAUGUGAUCAGUGCAGCAAAACAUUUUGGAAGGCUUUAGGGCUGAAGAACCAUCUUAGAGUUCACACAAGUGAGAGGCUUUAUUCAUGCUCUGAGUGUGGAAAGAGUUAUGCACUGAAAUCAAAUUUUAAAAAGCAUCAGAAGAUCCACACUGGUGUGAAAGAGUUUGUCUGCUCUGAGUGUGAGAAGAGUUUUAUUACAGCUAGAGCCUUGAGAAGACACCAGAUGAUCCACACUGAAGAGAAAACGUAUGUGUGUUCACACUGCAACAAGAGUUUCAGACUGGCAGGUCCCCUCAAAAUGAGACACAAAGUGACUCAAACUGGAGAGAAACCACACAAAUGUGAUCAAUGCAGCAAAACACUUUUGAGGCCUUCAGAGCUGAGACGUCUUAGUGUUCGUACAGUGAAGAAGCCGUAUUCGUGCUCUGAGUGUGGGAAGAGUUUUAUUACAGCUGGAGCCUUGAAAUUGCACCAGAUGAUCCACACUGGAGAGAGACCGUACAAGUGUUCACACUGCGACAAAACAUUCAGACAAUCAGGACACCUGAAAACACAUGAGAUGAUUCACACUGGAGAGAAACCAUUCACAUGUACUCGGUGUGGGAAGAGUUUUACACAAAUAUCACACCUUAAUGAACACAUGAUGAUUCACGCUGGAAAGAGACCACACAGAUGUGAUCAGUGCGACAAAACAUUUUUGAGGCCUUCAGAGCUGAACAGACAUCUUAGAGUUCAUACAAACGAGAGGCCUUACUCAUGCUCUGAGUGUGGAAAGAGUUUCAGAUAUCAGUCACAUUUAAAAGAUCAUCAGAAGAUCCACACUGGUGUGAGAGAGUUUGUGUGCUCUGAGUGUGGAAAAUGUUUUGUUAAAGCUGCAGACUUGAGGCGACACCAGAGGAUACACACUAUAAAUUUGAAGUGUUCACACUGCAAUAAAACAUUCAGACAUUCAGGACACCUGAAAAUACAUGAGAGGAGCCACACUGGAAAAAGUAAUCACGAAUUAAAACAGCAGAAUGAAAUCUCUCUUUCUGAAAGCUCUACUCUGUAUUCACAAACACCAGAUUUCUCAGUUAAACAGCCCCUGUUAUACAUCAUAAAUAGUCCUGUUUUGGUUUUGGGGUCUCCAACAACAGGCUGAUGUGAACGCAUGCUCAAAGAACACUGUUAUUGCCUUAUAAUAUGCAUUUAUUUUUACCUAAUGAGCCCAACGUUUCCAAUAUGAUUUUGUUCAGCGAUCCAUUUUUAAUCUGUGGUGAUUAGUCUGAUGACCCAGUCUGUUGUGAUUGGUUGACUGCGCUCAACGCAAGACUGAUAGAAAACGCCCACCAUGGCUUAUCAAUACACUGGAGCAACUAUGACAUCAGUUUGUAUGCCGUAAGCAGUUAGCAUGUUAGCAGUUCUGGUUGCCUCGUCCCAGAGUCAGUGGGUUAUUGAAUGGGAUUUUGGUUAAAUGGCUUAAAUAAGGUUGGUGGCAAACCCAAACUCAAGAUACUUUCACGUUUUAUUCUACGACACUAAACACAUCACUCUUGACUUUUUAAAUCGGUUCCGCUUCUGUAACAAGACGGUUGCUCAAUGGGUCUACAGGAGAUGUCGGACUCAUUAUACGUCAUCGAGCUGAACUGGUCUGAAACGAAGCCUGCUUUUUUUCUGAUUAUUGCUUAGGUAUUUUCAUAAAUAGUAUUUUGAUGUGUUUAUCUAAUUGGGGACUCAUAUUGUGUGUAGAUAAUGCCUUCACUUGUAGAGACCGUCAUGACACGUUGAUCGUUUAUUUUAAUAAAACGUUUUUAUGAAGACACUGCUGACCAUCGUGCAGACUGACU